AUGGAGCGCCUGAAGCUGGUCUUGCAGUACUUCCAGUCGAACUCUGAGUCCAUCUCUAACGGGAUCUGCAUCAUUCUGGCCCUGGUCAGCGUCAAACUCUACACCAGCUUCGACUUCAGCUGCCCCUGCCUCCCUCAGUACAACAAGCUCUACUCGCUGGGCGUGAUGGUCAUCCCGCCUGUCAUCCUCUUCUUUCUUGGGGUCCUGGUCAACAGACACACUGGGGUCAUGAUGGACGAGUGGAUGAGGCCCGUCGGCAACAGGUCAAAGAACCCCGCCAUUGUCAAGUACCUGUUCUCAGCCAUGAUCCAGAGGGCUCUGCUGGCACCGAUGGUCUGGAUCCUGGUCACUCUGCUGGAUGGGAAGAUCUUCAUCUGUGCCUUCAGUGUGAGUGUAGACCCUGGACUCUUCUCAGGUCUGCCCAACACUACAGAACUGGACGUGCUUAAAAUCAUGGCCAAAGUGCCCUGCAAGGAGGACGUCAUCUUCCAGAACAGUUCUUUCCGCAAAGCCGUCUCUCGUUACGUUCGCUGCUAUUCACAGGCGACUGGCUGGUCCAUCCUUCUCUUCCUGAUUGCACUGGGAGCAGCGGGACGCCUCAUCAAGCCGUGUUUUGAUGACCAUGCCACCUUCCUGCAGACACGUUACUGGAGCAACUACUUGGAUGUGGAGCAGAAGCUCUUUGAUGAAACCUGUGUGCUGCAUGCCCGUGACUUUGCCCGCAAAUGUGUGGUGCAGUUCUUUGAGGAUAUGGGGGAGGAUGCCGUCCUCCGCCUUCCACACCCACCCUUCACCAAACCCUUACGAGAUGAAUGGGGUGAAGAAGAGCAAGAGGACAGACUUCAUGGGAUAACAAAGCAAGACCAGAUGGACCAGCUACUGAACAGCUGGUACUACAGUAAACCUGAGCUCGACGUCACCCGGAUGGCCUACAGACCCCAAAGGUGUGUUACCUGGGAGGACCAGGAUGGACGGAUUUUAUUUUCUGAUGUAUAGAAUAAACUGAAGGUGGAUCACUUCAAAGUCAGCAAUACUAUGUAGCUAACAUCAAUUCCGGUCUGGUGACAGAGUGGAUAUUUACCAUUUUUCUAC